ACCAAUCACAGCUGGUCAUUGGGUCAGUACUUGUAGUCUGAACUGUUUCAGACCAAGCACUGGUUUUUAACCUGUUUUCUUUAAACGGACACCUGCGGACAACAUGACAAGCUAUACAGAUAAAGGGGAGAAGCCUCCAAGAGGAAAGUUUAUAAGUUUCCAUCAUGUCACCUUUUGGGUUGGCAACGCAAAGCAGGCAGCCUCAUUCUACUGUGAUAAGAUGGGCUUUGAACCUCUGGCGUACAAGGGUUUAGAGACCGGCACCCGUGAGAUGGUGUCUCACGUCAUCCGACAGGACAAGAUCAUUUUUCAGUUUCAGUCUCCAUUAAAUCCUGGAAACGAAGAGAUGGGGGAGCACUUGAUCAAACACGGAGACGCGGUCAAAGACAUCGCUUUCAAAGUGGAGGACUGUGACUUCUUAGUCAAGAUGGCCAAGGAGCGAGGAGCUGUGAUUGUCAAGGAGCCAUGGGUGGAGCAGGACAGCCACGGGAGGGUUAAAUAUGGCGUGAUUCAAACGUAUGGAGACACAACCCACACGCUCAUUGAGUACCUUGGACCCUAUAAAGGCCUUUUUCUGCCAGACUACAAAGAGCCCCUCUUCAGGGAUCCUCUGUUACCCAAACUUCCACCAGCAGGUUUGAAAUUCAUCGAUCACAUUGUGGGAAACCAGCCAGAUGACCAGAUGGUGCCAGUUUCAGACUGGUAUCAGAAGUGUCUGAUGUUCCACCGAUUCUGGUCAAUCGAUGACAAACAGAUUCACACACAGUACAGCGCUUUAAGGUCCAUCGUGGUGACCAACUAUGAAGAAACUAUUAAGAUGCCCAUCAAUGAACCUGCCAUGGGGAAAAAGAAGUCACAAAUCCAGGAAUAUGUUGAUUAUAAUGGUGGACCAGGUGUUCAGCAUAUUGCCCUCAACACAUCCAACAUAAUUCAGGCCAUUGUGAACCUUCGGGAAAGAGGGAUGGAGUUCCUCUCAGCGCCUGAAUCGUAUUACGAAUCCCUUCGAAAGAAACUCAAAGCCGCCAACUUUAAGGUGGACGAGGACCUUGACCGCUUACAGGAGCUGAAAAUCUUGGUAGAUUUUGAUGACAAAGGCUACCUUCUUCAAAUCUUCACCAAGCCUGUGCAGGACAGACCAACCCUCUUCUUGGAGGUCAUACAAAGGAAAAACCACUUUGGCUUUGGGGCAGGAAACUUCAAGUCUCUUUUUGAGGCCAUUGAGAAGGAUCAGGAUGCCAGGGGCAACCUCACCGCGGUGACACCCAAAGGAGAGACCAAAGCUUUUUACUGAUGCUCUGAAAGCUGCUGCCAGACUCACACCCUGGCUUCAAGUCUGCAGGGAACAUUUUAGCAGUGAUCAACACAGAUCACACAAUUCAAGCAUUUACAGAGAGAGGAAGGUUCAGUUUGUCUUGAUAAAUACACUCAUUUUUAUGUUGUUUGUUUGGUGAAUUUGAGAGACUGAGGUUUAAAAGUUAGGUAACUGUUUGUGGAUUAAUGUCUGAAAAAGCUCACCUUAUGGCUGUGCUAUUUAGGCUGCUAAAAUAAGCUUUGGUCAUCAUAAGCUUUGACUCUAUGGCAUGUCCAAAGUGCGGCUCGGGGGGGAAAUGUGUCCCGUGUUCAAAUAUUUACUGGCCCGCAGACUCCCGUCAUAUGUGGCCCCUUUCUAAGAACCACAACUUCUUGAUUGUGGUUGGCUAAAUUAUGUUAUAAACCGUUGUAGAGGCAGCCUGUGGCCACCUGACCUUCACAGCCUAGAGGAACCGGUUUAUUUGUUUCUGUGAUCCACACUUGAAAAAGAUAACUAUUUGUGCUCUUUUCCCUUUUCACAUCAUUUCAAUUUAGAAGUUUACAGUUAGAAAAUAAUAAUAAAUAAUGUGCAACAUUACACACGACCCCAGAUUUAAUGUUGACGAAAGUUUUUUUUCUCAGACAUACUUUUUCUUGUCUGGCAUUUAGAUAUGAAAAUCACUGUAAUUAUUUUGUAAUUCAUUUGGUAAUAAUUUUGGUGUAUUUCUGUUCAAAGCAAAGUAAUGAAAAGUAUCCCAUUGCAAUAAAAUGUCCAUUAAAUGGUU